CCUAUUUCAGGAGUAGACCACUUAUAAAAGAGGUGCAUACAAUACAACACUGAACUCCAUAUAUAUAUAAACUCUACCACCAAAUUUGAUUAAUUCCGCCGAUUAGAUAUGAUGAUGAAAUCACUAGCUUCGGUGGCGCCGCUAACACCACCGCCACCGCCGUCUCAGGCGGCGGCGGCGGCGGCCCGGAGGGUGGAAAUUCCGGGGAGCCACGGGUGGCCGGUGAUCGGGCCGUUGUCCGACAGGCUGGAUUAUUUCUGGUUCGAGGGGCCGAAUAGAUUCUUCGAGAAGAGAAUAGAGAAGUACAAAAGUACGGUGUUCCGUACGAACGUGCCGCCGGCGUUCCCUUUCUUCACCGGAGUUAACCCGAAUGUGGUGGCGGUGCUGGACGUGGAGUCGUUCUCGCACUUAUUUGAUAUGGAUAUCGUCGAGAAGGCGAAUGUGUUGGUCGGAGAUUUCAUGCCGCAUGUCAGCUUCACCGCCGGUUUAAGGGUUUGCGCCUAUCUUGAUACCUCCGAGCCUAAACAUGCUCAGGCAAAAGACUUCUCACUUGACAUCUUAAAACGAAGCUCGAAAACUUGGAUACCAUCAAUGGUGACUUCCCUCGACGCCAUGUGGGAUUCCGUCGACGCCCAAAUCUCCACCACCGCAGCCGGUGGCAGUGGCGGCUCCGCCGCCAGCUACUUCAUCCCGCUCCAACAAUUCCUCUUCUCCUUCCUCAGCCGCACCCUCCUCGGAGCGGACACCUCCGCCGCCUCGUCGGAGAUCCAAAACUCCGGCCACAUAAUGAUCGACAAGUGGCUCGCCUUUCAACUCCUCCCGACAAUCAGCAUCAACCUCAUCCAACCGCUCGAAGAGAUCUUCCUCCACUCCUUCGCCUUCCCAUUCUGGCCGAUCAAAUCCGACUACCAAAAGCUCGUAAAUUUCGUCGAAAAAGAAGCGAAGGAAACCCUAGAUAUCGCACAACGAGAUUUCGGUCUCACGAAAGAAGAAGCCGUACACAACCUCCUCUUCAUACUCGGAUUCAACGCCUUCGGCGGCUUCUCUAUCUUACUCCCGAAUCUCCUCACAAACCUCGGAAACGAUAAAGAAGUUCAAGAACAACUCAGAAAAGAAGUGAGAGAGAAACUCACUGCAGCCGACGGUUUGAGCUUCGACUCGGUGAAACAAAUGGACCUGGUCAACUCAUUCGUCUACGAAACCCUAAGAAUGAAGCCACCUGUCCCGUCCCAGUUCGGUAGGGCCCGCAAGGACUUUGACCUAAGCUCGCACGACGCGGUUUACAAGGUCAAGAAAGGGGAGCUACUAUGCGGUUAUCAGCCGAUAGUGAUGAGGGAUUCUAGAAUCUUCGAGAAGGCCGAUGAGUUUGUGUUCGAUAGGUUUAGUAAGGAGAGAGGCGGAGGUGAUGAGUUGCUGAAGUAUCUGUUCUGGUCGAAUGGGCCGCAGAGAGGGGGCGAUGGCCCCUCGGCGGGGAACAAACAGUGCUCGGGUAGAGAUAUGGUGCCGCUUACUGCUGCCGUGUUUUUGGCGUACUUGUUUCGGAGGUACGAUGAAAUCGAGGUUUCGUCGGGAUCCAUUACCGCUCUUAAGAAGGCCGAGUGACGCAUGCAUGCAUGGGAUUGGAUUGUGUAUGGUUGAUAAUUAGGGUUUGGAAUAAAGGAAGACAUAUUUGCUCUGAUAAAUUAAUUAAUUAAAAAAAAAACUUUCAAACUACGAAAUUGCAUAAACGUGUACGGUAAUUACGCCUCCGUAAACACGAAUUCUCGGAGUUUAUAGUAAGAACCUAUGUCUUAAUUAUAUUGAAUUAUGAAGAAACUCCUCGUGUUUUAAAUAUUAACGUACAGACAUAUGUUUUAUGAUGCA